AUGAGUGAAGGAGCCUUAAAUAGGAUAUCGAAUCUUAUUAGUAUUGAAGAUGAUUUGAAUAAGAUAUCUCAACUUCGAACCCAGUUCUUAAAGGAAAAAUCUACCAUUGAUUCCAAAUUGAAUAAUGUCACCAAACUUCAAAUCGAUUCCAUUAUACUGAAUUUGAACAAACUCAAUACUUCCAGUGAAAAAUUAACCACCAUCAAAUCAGAAAUCAAUAAAGUUAAUAGUAUUCAUGGUGAUAGCGUAUUAAUUGAAGGAUACGAAGAUGUUAUGAAAAUGACCAAAGUAAAUCAAUAUUUCAAUCAAGUUAACCAUUUGGUCGAUGAUAUUACUAACUUUAGGAGAAACUUAGACAAUAUAAAUGCUUUAAUUGAUAAUGAAUUGGAUAUUAUUACCAACGAUAUAACUUAUCCCUUGAGUAACAUGUUGAAAAUCCAUUAUAAUCUUACCCAAGUAAGGAAUUUUCAAGAUUAUCUUGAAACGUAUUCUCAAUCACUUUCUGACGAUAUGAAAUCAAUCAUCAUAAGAAUUUUAUCCCCACUACGUAAAACCAUUAAAUUAUUCGAUGACUUAUUGAAAGAAAUCAUCAUUUCAUUGACUGAAGCUGUUAAAGAAGGAAAUUUACAAUUAGUACUCAAAUUAAUCAAAAUCAUCGAUUAUGAGACCAAUGAAGAUUUGAAGGUUUUAUUAAAGAACAAUCUUGAUUUGAAAGAAAACGUUUUAACGGUUAAUUAUGGAAUGAAAAGACUUGUUAAACGUAAUUAUAAGAAGUUUUUUUAUGAUAAGUUGGAAGAAUCAUUGAUUGAAACUUUUGAUUUAUGUAUAAAUCAUUAUUCUCAAGAUAGAAUGUUAGUUUAUGAUAAUUUAGAAUGGCUAGAAGAUGAGAUUCUUUUCGUUAAUGAUACUUUAUCAUUGUUAUUUCCAGAAUCCUGGGAAAUCAAUAAUUUUAUACAGAACGUUUAUUACAAUAAACUUCAUAAUUUUACCAUGGAUAUCAUUAAAACUGAUCCUCCAGCUGAAGAUUUACUUCGUAUUUUAAGUUAUGAUACUCAUUAUAAUAAGUUCUUACUUGCAUUACAAACUGUUGAAACCAGUGAUAAGAGGAAAUCGGUCAUUAAGCCCCAAAAUAAAUCAAUUAUUGGUGAAGAUUUAAAGAAUGUGGUGUUGGAUGAUUAUUUGAAGGUCAUUUUACAAAAAAUGGAAGAAUGGAAUGAAAACCUUAUUCAAACUGAAACUAGAACUUUCAAUCAACGUGAAGGACCUCCUGAUUUAUAUAAUUACCAUCAAGUUAUUGAUGAUGAAGAUAUCAACGAUCAACCAGUUAUGCUUGAUAUCGAAACCAACGUUUAUGUUUUACCUGACUUCAAAACUCCUUUAACCAUGUUGAAAGAACAAGCUGAUGUAGCUGCUGAUUCAGGUUAUGGUAAAAUCUUGGUAGGAGUUAUUGAACAUUGGAGUCAUUGUUAUAUUAAACGUAUAGUAAAUUAUCAAGAAAUUAUUGAUGAGGAAUUUGAUAAUUAUAUGUCGAUUUAUAAUAACGAAAGAUUCUUAAUCAACGAAAGUAAAACCAGAAGAUUAUUCAGAAGACGUCAAAAAGAUAUUGUCAAUUUAGAUGAAAUGACUCAAGAGCAAUUAUCGGCAAUUUCAAAAGAAGGUUUAAUUGAAUAUCUUGCUGCAUUAGGGAACACUUUUGAAAUCAAUACUGAUAGAUUACAAGACAGAUUCUUACCCACAUAUAAAGAAAAAGUUCAUAGUAAUUACCAAUUGAAGAUAGAACAAGCUUUUGAAGAUACUGUUACUCCAAGUACUGAAUUGAAUGCUCAAGUUAUAAGAGCUAUAGUUGAUAUAAUAAUCAAUGAUUUGUACCCAGCUUUAUCGAAAUUAUUCACUAAAUCUUGGUAUGAAGAUAAUCAAUCCCAAUUCUCUGAUGUUCAACCAAUGGCUGCAAGGAUUGUUGAAACCAUAGGAGAAUAUAUGGAAGAAUUUAGGGGAUAUACCACUUAUGAUAUAUAUUCGGUAACUUUCAAUGUUUUGUUGGAUAGUUUUAUUUCAAGUUAUAUAAGGAUAGGUUAUGAAAACAUUUUACAUGGAGAUGGUAAGAAGAUUGAUCCUUCAAAUACAAAGAAAUUCAAAUCGUUCAAUGAUGCUAUUGGUAGGGAUGUUACGAUUUUAUAUGGAGGUUUGGAAUCCUUAUUCACAAGAAAAGAUAGUGGUUAUUUACUUAAUAGUUUAAGAGCUAUUGAAUUCUUAUCAGAUUUGGCUACUUGUGAACAACCAAUGGAAUUUAUACCUCAAAUGUGGGAAAAUGAAAUCCUUGGAUCUUUCUAUUAUUGUUCUGUUGAAUAUAUCAGAGGUAUUUGUUUAUGUAGGAAGGACAUGGAUAAAAAUGAAGUCAAUUUAUUAAUAAAUUCUUUGAUCAAAAUUCAAAAAACCUAUCAUCAACAAGUCCAACCACCUUUGAUGGUCACUGGUACUUUGAAUGAUUUCACUUUCAAUUAG